GUGCCGGAAGGUGUUUAGAAAGGAUCAAGUUAGUCGGGAUACCUUGAUUUCACACGAUUAGCGCAUUGAUGAGUGUUGGAUCAUGAUCAAACAGUCGGUGUUUUGGAUUUUCAGGAAAAAAUUAACAUCUGCAUGUUUGGCGAAUUGUGUGAUCUGAAUGCAAUAAUUCCGUAAUGAGUUGAUUGUGUGAAUGCAGGGAAUCCAUUUUCAUUUAGAAGAGUUUAUUAGUUGAGAGUUUUAUUAGACAAACUUGUGUUUAAGUGGUUAGAAGUGCUUAUGAAAAUAGAAUGGCUUAUAGAAAUAGGUUAUGUAGAGUUAUCCCUCAAUUUUUCUUCCAUUGGACAAUCUGUUUAAUUGUGAACACUUGAUGAUAAUUGACAAGGGAAUAGAAACCUCUAGUUGUGAUAUUGCCGCAUUGCAUUGUUACUUUAUGCUACUUUGUGGUCUAGUUACCUGCUUAGAAUUAGAAAAGGGAAAGUAAGAGGGGUAGAGAAGUUAAGGGGAGAGAACUUAAUUUUGUCACAAUAUGUUCAGAAAGUUUGUAUAUUUUAGGAAAUAGCUCUUCUCAUUCUUGUUGUAGGGAAAUCACAUUGUUGUUUGGUAUCUCUGUCUUAUUUAAUUUCUCUGUCUUAUUUAAUUUCUUUGUCAACCAUUUUGUAGGGAUGAGAUUUUUUUAUAGCCUAAUCUGAAGAACAUAUGUAUCACAUUUUUUUGCCUUCUUGCCCUUCCCUUUUGUCCUGCCGUGUUGAAUCUUCAUCCACCCUUUUGCAUUUCCUUUCAUUUAUCUCUUUCCUAUCAGGUAUGCUGAAAUUUUCUUGAUCAUCUAUAGAGAAUUUGUUAUGAAAAUUGGGCAGCAUGAAUUCAGUCAUGAGUUGGUGAAACAGUGUUAAUGAUCACCUUAACCAACAAAAAAUGAAAAGGUAAUGAAUGCAUCAAAUGCAGUUCAUCCAUCAGGUGAUAUAUGACAUGCCUUUUGUACUCCAGCAGAUCACAUAUUACUUUGAAGUUUUACUUUGGUAAAUUAGCAUGGAUCAGUGUUUCUAUGAUCUAUCUAAUAUGAACUGUUUUGUUGUAGAGUGUUUUAUGCAAUCAUGCUUGAUUAGCAUUACUCAGUUUGGUAUUCUGUUGUCUCAGGAUCGAACAACAUCAUGAGAAAUGUAGUUGUUCAGAGCAUUUUGAAUAUUAUGGUCUGGGUUGAUUUUAUUUACUUUGAUCUUGUCUAAAGGAAUACAUUAUUUGACUGUGGCUGCCAUAGAAAGCCUGAGUUGAUCUGGAUAGAAGAGCCAUUGAUCAUAGAUAUCACUUCUUUUUGCAUUAGUUGAAAAUAAUUGAGAUGUGGUUUUAGUUCUGUUCUUGUUAUAGAUGAUUGCAGAAGACUAUCAUAGUCAGGUAGGUAUUACCAAGCUAGCAUCAUUAGCUAAUCAUGAGCCCUGAAAGAAAAUUCGGAAAGUCCAUUUGAUCAUAAGCCAAGGCUUAGACCUUAAUUUUGCAGAAGGGUCUUGUCAAUCUGAGAAGGUUAUGUGUAAAAUGAAGAGUGAGGAGUUUGCCUAGAUGAUAAUUCAUUGAUUUGCUUAAUAUUUGACUGGUGCUGUCCUUUCUUAAGUUGCAUUUUUUCUGCUAUGCCAAAACUUAGUUAUGUAUUGUGCAUUUGUUUGUUUGAAUUUGAAGUAGAUACAUUACAAUAUCUAGUUUAUAAUAUUGGUUUGCUUAAUCAGUUGUAGACCUUAUCUUUAUUUGAUGCCGAAAGUUACGGACAACCACAUAUAAAUUACAAUUCUUGUUCCGCAUUUGCCAUUCAUCAUCUUGGAUCAACUUCAUUAAUUAAAGUGUUUCUUCUUCUUCUUCUAGUUUCAACUUGAAGUUGGUAUGUUUGUUAAUUUUGUUCAAAAGUUUGUUUAGCCUCUUUAGUCUUUAUCUCCUCAUUGAUUAUUCUUAAUCUUCUAAGUACUUCAUGGAGAUUAACUUGUUUGGUUUGACCAAGCUUAAAGUUUAAUAAAUUGUAACUUCAUGGGGAGUGUUAGAAUAUUAUAAGUAUAUUAUAAUAUCUUUUAUAUCAAUUUAUAUUAUUUUAAUGUAUCUAUUAUUAUCAGACUUGUAUUAGUUAUUAUUAUCAUGAUCUCUUCUUAAUUUAGGACAGAAUUUAUGUAUCCUAUAAAUAGGGAUUGAUAUUUAGUCUUUUGUAUCAAGUCAAUUGCUAUUAUCUAUAAUUUUUUUCCUCAUUUUUUACACAUAACCACCACAAAUUCAACAUACAUAAAUAGAGAAAUAAUAAAUGAAAUAAUUUUUUUUAAUUAAACAGAUAUAUUUGAAGUUUGUUAUUAAUAGCAAAUACUACCUUUGGUCAAUUUUAUAAGAGACACUUUUGAUUAAUAAAAAUUGAUGUAUUUAGUUCAAUAUAUAUUAGGUUUUUGUUGAAGUUUCUCUUAUACAAAGAAUCGGAGGAAGUAUUUAUUUGUUUGUGCAAAACUAAUCUUAAAACUUCCAUGUGUGAAUAUAACAAUUUUUUCCUUUCAUUAUUGAUUGAUGUUAGGAUUCAGAGUUUGUAUCAUUCAGCUUUAUUAUAUUAUGGUUUGGUGACUUACAAAGGGGAUAACAUCAUGAAAAGUUUUAAACAAUUAAAGAGUGAUAUCUUAUAUUAUACUCAUCUUAACUUGUUAUUAUGACUAUUAUUUCCAUUUUGAUUCUUAAAACUCAAGUCAAGUAACUAAUGAAGCACAUAGUAAGUGGUUGUGGACUUGCUCAUACCGUCCUUUUGAAAAGAUUAGAUUCCCAUAAUCACACAAAUAAUUUUUGCUCUAAAAAAUAGUUACUAGUUGAAAAAAGUUUAGAACUCUAACAAUUUCAGACGUAAUCACAAAGUUAUUUGUUUAUUUUAAAUUAAAAAAACUCAGUCAUAAUUAUGGUAUGAUAUGUCUGAGGUUAAAUGUAGCCUAAGGAUAAGAUAACGUGAUAUGAAAGUUUUUUUUUGUCAAAUAGUUUAACGGCUGAAAUACAUUCUUUAAAGAUGAACAAGUGAGAUGUCGCAGGUUAGAAUUGACACCCCUAUAUUUAAAUAUCUCUGCACAAUUAUCAAUUGAGUUGGUUUAUUGGGACGAUCAGUCAUGAAGUUAGGUAAAUAUAGAGUUAAGGAAAACAAAUCAUAAGCUUAAGUUUUAUGUGUAAAAUUUGUUUAGAUAAACAAUUAAACAUCAUCCUUAGUUAUCAUGUGACAAACAAAUUAAACUACUUUCUGAACCUCCCUCAAACUCUGCUCAUUAGAAUAAAAACAAUGAAACUUCAUUUACAAGUAAAGAGUCCCACGUUGUUGUAGUAUCAAUUUCCACUUUCCACCAAUAAAGAAAACAAAAAACAACAAAAUUAAGAUUCAGACACUUUCCAUCUCAUAAUUCACCUCCUAAAAAUUAGUUUGUUACACUGUCAACAUCAAACAUUCACUCACACAUCUUAUGAUAGAAACAUGUAAGCUGCAUUGAGUUAAACUUGUCGCCAUUUUCACUGUACCUUUGCUUCUACUCUCUGUCUCUUCAUCUGGAGUUUGUUUUUUCCCUUGCUGUAGUGUGAAGCCUCAUGCAUCUCUUCUUGUCAUUGUAAAGUUACUAUCUUUUUUCUCUACAUUAUAUUGGGUGUAAUUUAUUCAAGUUUUCAAUGGAGUUUUCCAAGGAAAAAGCUAAAAUGGAAACUGGGUUAAGCUCGAAAAAUUUAGAUAAGGGGAGGGUUAUGAGGGGUGGUAAUAGCAAAAAGAAGGAACUUUCUAGUAAUGGUAUCAAAAUUGAACCUUUUGUUCCUAGAAGAGAUCAUAAUCCUAAAGAGUUGAAGACUUGGGCAAAGAGAACCGGGUUUGUGUCUGAUUACUCGGGUGAAGUAGGUACUAGUGCAAGUGGGAAUUUUGAAAGUGAUGUUGUUGAUUAUGAUCAUAAAGAAGUAGGAGGGUCUUCUCCUAAGAUAGAGAUUGAUCCGGUUCUCGGGGUAGCGAGGCCAAGCCAGGACGACGAGAUUGAGCUGGAUUCUGAGUCUAAGCAUGGAGGUAGAAGGAGUGAGAAAGAUAGGUUUUUGAGGCCAAACUAUGCUUUGAAUAGGAUUAUAGGGAACCAAAAUCAGAAGAGGAAAAAUGGGGUUGAACCUGUUUUGGAUUAUGGUGAAAAGAAAAUUGAUUUGAGAGGGAAUGGUGAGACUACUAGUUCGACGGAGAAUUUGAUUAGGGAUAUCAAUGGUCAUGGACUUGGAGUCUCUGCGGUUGUUCCACUUCCAGAACAAAAGAGGGAAGAGGGAGGUGUAACUGAAGGAGAAGUUAAGGUGAAUUUGUAUGCCGAAAGAGAGGAACCUGCUGAUAGAGGGUGGCAUAGACCUUCUGAAAUGAAGUAUGGACUAACCGAAAAUCCUGGUUUUGUACUUCUUAUCUACUAUGGCCUGCAGCACUACUUAUCAUUGAUUGGCUCAUUGGUGUUUAUUCCGUUAGUAAUGGUUCCGACAAUGGGUGGAACAGACAGCGAUACUGCUAAUGUAAUUUCUACGAUGCUGUUUCUUUCUGGCGUCACAACGAUAAUGCAUUUGUACUUAGGAACUCGACUGCCUUUAGUUCAAGGGAGCUCAUUUGUGUAUUUGGCUCCGGCAUUAGUUAUCAUAAAUUCUGAAGAGUUUCGAAAUCUUACGCACCAUAAAUUUAGACACAUAAUGAGGGAACUUCAAGGAGCUAUAAUUGUUGGUUCGAUAUUUCAAUGUAUUCUUGGAUUAAGUGGUUUAAUGUCUAUUCUUCUCAGGGUAAUCAACCCAAUUGUGGUGGCUCCAACGGUUGCUGCAGUAGGUUUAGCAUUCUUCAGCUAUGGAUUUCCACAAGCUGGCACUUGCAUUGAAAUCAGCAUUCCACUAAUAGUUUUGGUUCUUAUAUUCACUCUGCAUCUUCGCGGAAUAUCUAUCUUUGGACACCACUUGUUUCGAAUUUAUGCUGUUCCUUUAAGUGUUACGAUAACUUGGAUAUAUGCAUCGUUUUUAACGGCCGGGGGAGCAUAUAACUACAAGGGAUGCGAUCCGAACAUCCCUAGUUCAAACAUUCUGAUCGAUGCAUGCAAAAAACAUGCUUAUACAAUGAAGCAUUGCAGGGCUGAUGUAUCAAAUGCAUUGUCAACUUCUUCAUGGCUCCGAAUUCCUUACCCUUUACAAUGGGGUUUCCCGAUAUUCCAUUUUAGAACUUGCAUAAUCAUGGUCAUAGUCUCGCUGGUUGCCUCCGUGGAUUCUAUUGGAUCAUAUCAUAGCGCAUCUCUGAGGAUUAAUUUGAAGCCUCCAACCUCAGGAGUUGUGAGCCGCGGAAUUGCAUUGGAGGGCUUCUGUAGUAUAUUGGCAGGUUUUUGGGGUUCAGGAACCGGUUCAACUACCUUGACAGAAAAUGUUCACACAAUCGACAUAACAAGGGUGGCGAGUCGGAGGGUAGUGGAACUCGGAGCAGCCUUCAUGAUCCUCUUUUCAUUUAUCGGAAAGGUAGGUGCUCUUCUAGCUUCUAUUCCACAGGCAUUAGCUGCAUCAGUACUAUGUUUCAUAUGGGCCCUUAUUACCGCAUUAGGCCUCUCGACAUUACAGUAUGGUCAAUCAGGAAACUUUAGGAAUAUAACGAUAGUUGGAGUUUCGUUGUUCCUUGGUCUAUCAAUCCCUUCGUAUAUUCAACAAUACCAGCCUCAAACCAGUUUGAUAUUGCCCUCAUAUCUGGUUCCAUACGCAGCUGCUUCUAGCGGACCAUUCCAUUCAGGAAUUAAACAACUUGAUUUUGCAAUCAAUGCCCUUAUGUCCUUAAACAUGGUGGUUACAAUGUUGGUGGCAUUCGUACUGGAAAACACGGUACCAAGAAGUUCUCAAGAACGAGCGGAGUAUAUAUGGACGCGACCUCAAGACAUUGCGACUGAUCCCUCGCUGGCAUAUGCGUAUUCGCUUCCAAAGAAAGUUGCUAGAUGUUUCUGUUGGGCAAAAUGGUUAGGAGUAUGAUGACAAAGUUUUCUGUCGAUUUCCUCUAUUCAGCUUGUGAGCCUUCGUAGAUGGAACAUAGUGAUGUUUUUGCAUGGAAGAUAUCGAGAAGUUUAUGAAGAAUAAAACGUAUAGAUGGAUUGAUUUACAGUAUACGAAAUAGUAAAUAGAAUGUAUAGCACUGAUUACUGAUACGUAAUUCUUGUAAUUAAUAGAUAAUUCGUUUUUUUGUAGCUGAUCUGUUACUAUGCCAGUACUGUAUUAGAGAACGAAGGUUAUGAUUAGGGAAAAGUAGCGUGUUGUCGAGCCUCAAGCUUUUAGGCGAUAUUUCAUUUC